AAGUCUUAUAAAUUCCUGCAAACCCUAGCGUCUCGUCUCGGCUGCUUACCAUUCACCAGUGAAGAGAGAGAGGGAGAGGGAGAGGGAGAGGAAGAGGAAGAGAUGACGACGAGGUUCAAGAAGAACAGGAAGAAGAGAGGGCACGUGAGCGCCGGCCAUGGCCGCAUCGGUAAGCACCGGAAGCAUCCCGGAGGUCGGGGAAACGCCGGUGGCAUGCACCACCACCGCAUUCUCUUCGACAAAUACCAUCCCGGUUACUUCGGAAAGGUGGGCAUGAGGUACUUCCAUAAGCUUCGCAACAAGUUCUACUGCCCUAUCGUCAACAUCGACAAGCUCUGGUCUCUGGUGCCCCAAGAAGUCAAGGACAAAGCUUCUCCAACUAACGCCCCUCUGGUCGAUGUGACUCAAUUCGGCUACUUCAAGGUCCUCGGGAAAGGGGUUUUGCCCUCUUCUCAGCCCAUCGUCGUAAAGGCCAAGCUCGUGUCGAAGACCGCGGAGAAGAAGAUCAAGGAGGCCGGCGGUGCCGUUGUUCUCACGGCCUAGACCCAAACUACCCUGUUUGUAUUUUUUGACCUACUUAAAUUUUGAUAGAGUUGUUGAGACUGAAAUGAAUGUAGUGAUUUCCGUUUAUGCUUGAUAUUGAAUGUUGCAUUUGCUUGAACUUCAUUAUGAUUAUGUUCAGAUCUAUUGUUUUAUCCUGAUGGGCGUGCCAUGGAAUUGAUUGGCGUUGUGGUGUUUUUAAUAGCAUUUGGAUGGUUUUCUGA